UCCCUGCCCCAUCUGAUAUCUCUUGCUCUGCUGUUGUGACGAGUGGGUGGACACGCAAAACGCGCGGGAUGACAGCAGCAGUCCACACGUGCUGUGUAAAGCAUCAUCUGCAACAGUUGCGUUCAGGGAUAAGAAAACAUUAGUAAUGGGGUAUGAGCAACCUUAACAGACUUCUCAAGCAGUUACUAAAACGACUGGAAUAGAAGUCACCAUGCCAAUAAGUUAGUGAAGUGAAGUUUCUCUUCAUUUGUUUUAACCUUUCAUUUAAUCCUGGCGCCUGUCACAGCAAGUCUCGCGCAUUUAAACGGACAUUGUCUCCUUCUUGACAGGCUGGUGUACCCUUGUGAUUGGACCGCUUUUCCUCAGUGGUCCGUCUGCUUUUGCAUGCCAUCCCUCUGACCUGCGUGCGGUGUGGUGCGGGUUCGCAGCUCCUCAGCUCCUGGCCGUCUCUGCCCCCCACAAUGGGCAGCGUGGCCGAACGACGGGGACACCCAUUGCGCUUGCUGUGCCGCGGCCGCAGACUGAACAGUGGUGGCGGCGGAGGCGGUGGUGAUGGGGUGGCCACCACGGCCUUGGGACCCAACGGCCACGCCAGCGCCCUGCUGAGCCCCGAGCGCAGAUCGGAGGAGGCAGCGGCUGCUGACAGCACGCGCUACUCUCCUGUUUCACUGGAACUGGACCCUGCGGUGAAUAAUGGAUCAGACAUUCCCGACAGGGACCAGAGUGACACGAAGAAACAAGCCUUGCAGAUCGAUGGCCAGCCCGGCGAGCCAACAGGGGUCUGCUCACCCAAACACUUCCCACGCCCCUACCGUACGAAGCCUAGCAUGCAGGGGGAUGUCUACAACUUCCUAGAGAGACCUGCUGGAUUGAGAUGCUUCCUCUACCAUUUCCUGGUGUUCCUGAUGGUCCUAGUGUGUCUUAUCUUCAGUGUGCUGUCCACCAUAGAGCAGUAUGCAGACGUCGCCAGUGGAACGCUUUUUUGGAUGGAAAUUGUUCUGGUGGUGUUCUUUGGCACCGAGUACGUGGUGCGUCUGUGGGCCGCGGGCUGCAGGAGCAAAUAUGUGGGCAUCAAAGGAAGACUGCGCUUCGUCAGGAAACCCAUCUCCAUCAUAGAUUUGAUUGUGGUCAUUGCCUCAGUCAUUGUGCUGAGCGUGGGGUCAAAUGGACAAGUCUUUGCCACAUCAGCCAUCAGGGGGAUACGCUUCCUGCAGAUCUUGCGUAUGCUGCAUGUUGAUCGCCAGGGUGGCACAUGGAGGCUUCUGGGUUCUGUAGUCUUUAUUCAUCGUCAGGAGCUGAUAACAACGCUGUAUAUUGGCUUUUUGGGCCUGAUCUUCUCUUCCUACUUCGUGUAUCUGGCAGAGAAAGAUGCCGUGGAUGAGGAGGGAAGGACUGGCUUCUCAAGCUAUGCUGAUGCCUUGUGGUGGGGCGUGGUGACGGUGACGACGAUAGGCUACGGAGACAAAGUUCCUCAGACAUGGAUUGGGAAGGUCAUUGCCUCCUGCUUCAGCGUGUUUGCAAUUUCCUUCUUUGCCCUUCCAGCUGGGAUCCUGGGAUCAGGCUUCGCGUUGAAGGUGCAGCAGAAACAGAGGCAGAAGCACUUCAGCCGCCAAAUUCCAGCUGCCGCCUCCCUCAUCCAGACACUAUGGCGGUGCUACGCUGUAGAGAAACCCGGAGGUUGUUCAGCGACAUGGAAGAUGUACGUGCUGACCGCCGACUACGUGCCCCCUGCAAACUCUGAAAACUCCAGCCCAGGCAACUUCAGAAAGCUGAGUAAACGCUACAAAAGGAAGCUAAGAUCUCGUGACAAUGGCUCCUUCAGCUCAGCAGGGGACAAGCCCUUGUCCAUUCCCCAGAUCACGUAUGACCACAUUGACGACAAAGACGAGAAGAAGGAUGUGCCCUUCUUCCUUGAAGAACCCACUGGCAUCACCAGGAUGCUCAAGCAGACAGACCCUCACCAUUCCUGGUCCUCUUUCACUCUGAGCUGUCCUGCUUCUCCAGUGAAGAAAAAAAUGGAUGGAUCCCCAAGAGACAUCACGCGAGCGAAUAGUCUAGUGGACGACAUUGACUUUGUCAGUGAAGACAUUGCUUUGCCUGUGGUGACUGAUCCAGCACAUCUGUUGACAAGCCCAUCGGUGGCAAAGGUCCAGGACUCAAUCUCCACACAACACUUGAACACAAGAAGACUGACCCACGCUCACAAAUCAGCCAUCAAAGUCAUCCGGCGAAUGCAGUACUUUGUGGCCCGGCAGAAAUUCCAGCAAGCGAGGAAGCCGUACGACGUGCGGGACGUGAUCGAGCAGUACUCCCAAGGGCACCUGAACAUGAUGGUGCGCAUCAAGGAGCUCCAGAGAAGAUUGGAUCACACGUUGGGGAAGCCAGGAAUGUUUUUGCCAGAGAAAGGCAUAGACAAAGAGCAUCACACCGUCGGAGCCAGACUGAUCAGGCUGGAGGAUAAGGUGCUGGAGAUGAACCAGAAGAUGGAGGACAUCCUGAAGAUCCUGGUGGAGCAGUUCAAGCCCAAGCCCGAGCUCCUGCACAGACCGGCGCUCUGCGGCUCCCGCGUCACCGUCAUGAAACACAUGGGCGUCAGCAUGGACGAGGGCCAGUGACCGCCCCGCCCGAGAAAUCCCCCGCACCGGAGAUGGACGCAACAACCAUAGCAGAUUGUGGGAGGAGAAGCCAAAGGAGCCCCUGCCUUUGCCCCCAUUCAAAACCUAGAAUCUUCAUGGUCUGCCUACUCCUCCCCCCCC